CCAAGUGUUGUCAACAUGAGGCCAACUCGAUUCCCGAUCGUAAUGAUUUUCAGCAUUUGUAUAAUUUGGAACAUUCCUGGAUGUCAUUCCAAUGGAAGGUCAAAUAAUUGGGAUAACGACAUUGAUAUUUGUAGUGAAAAACAUAUUUGCGGUAAAUAUGGUGUAUGUCAACGGAUGCCAAAUCAUUACGCCUGUGUCUGUAGUGGAAAGAAAACGUCUGUGGAACCAAAACCCUGCCUAGAUGGCUGUGAUAAAAAAUACACUUGUGGAAACACCACUGAAUGUGAUUUGAGGUUAAUUGGUCACGUCUGCAUCUGUAAGGAAAAUGAAAGACUUGGAAAUACACAAGACUGCAUAAGACUACCUUGCCUUUCAGAACAGAUGCAUAUUAAAGAUCAUGAGUGUGAUAAGGAUGAUGACAUUCAAAAUGAAGAAACAACAAAUAAUCCCUACUGUUCCUUCCUAACAUUUGCCUCUGGCAUCAAUAAGAAUUGUCAAAAUUAUAAAAACAGUAAUAUCAGUCAAAAUUCACUGCUGGACAUCGCAGAGUUUGUUAGCAACAUGAGCCACAGGGAGUCCGAAUGGUUCGACAUGAACAGCAAUCAGAGACUCAAGACCGUGACGCUACUCUUCAGCUUGCUCGAGAGCACUGUCAUACUGACUGUGAUGAAGUUGAACACCACUGACUACAAGAUGGCAACAACGAACAUGGAUGUCCAAAUUCAGAUCCUUCAGACCACUGAUGGAGCCACGACCUUGUCAGAUGAUGGGGAUGAAAUGGACUUUCAGUGGAAAAAAUACAGUCACGAUUUUGCAGCUGUUUCCUUCAUCACUUGCAGCAAAAUGGAAAUGCUUGUGGGAGACAGCGGUUUGGAAAUGAGCAAUAAAAAGUACGGGACUGAAUAUUUGCAGCUGAACUCGAAGGUGCUAAUCGCCACGGUUACCAGCUCCAAGCAAACCCAACAAAUCAUCACUUUCACCAUCAUGAACAAAGAGGUCGAUGAUGUCGAUGAUUACACUGUCUGUGUGUACUGGAACACCCACAUCAAUGCCUGGUCCACCAGUGGCUGCUUCAAAUUGCUAUCGAAUGAGUCGCACACUUUAUGUCGCUGCACCCACAUCAGCAGUUUUGCCGUGCUGGUCGCUCUCUACAAGGUGGAGGGUCCUGGUCUAACCACCAUCACCUACCUCGGGAUCAUUACCUCCCUGGUGUGCCUUGCCAUCGCUAUUGUCACCUUCACGAUGUGCCGAGCGAUCCACAGCACACGCACCACCAUCCACACCCACCUGUGCCUGUGUCUGUUUAUGGCUCAACUGCUCUUCCUCAUUGGGAUCUCAGCAACUACCAACAAGGCUGUGUGCGCGGCCGUUGCUGGAAUCCUUCAUUACUUCUUCCUGGCGUGUUUUCUGUGGAUGUUUCUGGAAGGCAUCCAGCUUUACCUGAUGGUGGUCAAGGUUUUCUGGGUCCAGAGUCUCCGAGGGAAAUACACUCAGCCAAUCGCCUAUGGCAUCCCGGCUCUGAUCGUCAUUAUCUCAGCAGCAACUAACCCAAGCGGAUAUGGCACCAGAGAAUAUUGUUGGCUGUCGAUGGAAAAAGGGUUUCGAUGGAGCUUUGUGGGUACCCUGUGUGCAAUCUGUUUGAGUAAUCUUGUUUUCCUCAUUCUGACGAUAUGGAGGCUGGCCCAGAAAUUUCACACCAUCAACCCAGACCUCUCGAACUUACAAAAGCUGAGAAUGUUCGUUGUCACAGCCCUCGCUCAGCUGGUCCUGCUGGGCUGUACCUGGAUUAUCGGAGUCUUCCAUUUCCAGGCUCGGACAAUAGCCCUGGCUUACAUCUUCACCAUCGUGAACAGUUUCCAGGGAACUUUCAUCUUCCUGCUGCACUGCGUUAAAUGCAAACAGGUGCGCGAUGAGUACCGUAAAUGGAUUUCAAGUUUCUUCACUAUGUUGAAGAUCACAAAGUACGCCCCAUUUUCGGAAUCCUCACAGCCCACCAGCGUGACCCAGGGAGCCACCAAAUCCGAGUCAAGCCUGUGAAAAGAUCCUGGCCAAGAGGUGGAGAGUUGCUGCCACACAAUAGCGCCGCAAUGGAUGACCCAACGCUGACCUCAACUGCCAUGUUGCUUUUUGCCCUUGGUGGGUUUCCUUCAGCAA